AUGAAACCGGCGACACCUAUGCCAAAGCCAACGGAGUUCCAUCGUCUCGACUUGAGUGAGGACGUCAUUGAAGAGUGCAAUCUUGAAGAGGACCGAGAUGAAAGUCCUGUUCUCCUCCAGCAACAGAAUGAUGUCGUCCUGUCUGAGGCAGAUAACGAGGCUGCAUUCUUUCAGAAACUGAUUUCGGAUGGAUGGACUGCGCUCUUCGUCUCUCGGAUGUAUGUCGAAGGAGGAAGAUCCUGUUGA